CGCAGCGACGGCGGCGGCGGCGGUUGUUAUUCGGGGCCGUUGGGACGCCUCUGCGGCAGCUGGUGGCGCAGGUGGCUUGCGUGGACGCGGACAGAGGCGGCCGGCCCGCCACCGCAGCCUCGCCGCCCGCGGCCCCAGCAGGCGCGUCGGGGCACCCCGAGGCAUCCUCCCCCUCCCGCCACCGCGGGAGCCGCGGCCCCGGUCCGCCCUCCCGCAUCCUCUCGCAGUCAGCACCGCCGCACCUCCUCCCUGGGCUUCGGACCCUCGGCCUCGCCCCUGAAACAUGACUCGCGACUUCAAACCUGGGGACCUCAUCUUCGCCAAGAUGAAAGGUUAUCCUCAUUGGCCAGCUCGAGUAGAUGAAGUUCCUGAUGGAGCUGUAAAACCACCCACAAUACCGAUUUUCUUUUUUGGAACUCAUGAGACUGCUUUUUUAGGCCCAAAGGACAUAUUUCCUUACUCAGAAAAUAAGGAAAAGUACGGCAAACCAAAUAAGCGAAAAGGCUUUAAUGAAGGUUUAUGGGAGAUAGAUAACAAUCCGAAAGUGAAAUUUUCAAGUCAACAGGCAUCAGCUAAACAGUCAAAUGCGUCAUCUGAUGUUGAAGUUGAAGAAAAAGAAACAAGUGUUUCAAAGGAAGAUACUGACCAUGAAGAAAAAGCCAGCAAUGAGGAUGUGACUAAAGCAAUUGACAUAACUGCCAGAAGAGGGAGGAAGAGAAAGGCAGAAAAACAAGUAGAAACUGAGGAGGCUGGAAUAGUGACUACGGCAACAGCAUCUGCUAAUCUAAAAGUGAGUCCUAAAAGAGGACGACCUGCAGCUACAGAGGUCAAGAUUCCAAAACCAAGAGGCAGACCCAAAAUGGUAAAACAGCCUUGUCCUUCAGAGAGUGACAUGAUAACUGAAGACGACAAAAGCAAGAAAAAGGGGCAAGAGGAAAAACAACCUAAAAAACAGCUUAAAAAGGAUGAAGAGGGCCAGAAGGAAGAAGAAAAGCCAAGAAAAGAGCCAGAUAAAAAAGAGGGGAAAAAGGAAGUUGAAUCAAAAAGGAAAAAUUUAGCCAAAACAGGGGUUACAUCAACCUCUGAUUCUGAAGAAGAAGGAGAUGAUCAAGAAGGUGAAAAGAAGAGAAAAGGUGGAAGAAACUUUCAGACUGCUCAUAGAAGGAAUAUGCUCAAAGGACAACAUGAGAAAGAAGCUGCAGAUAGAAAACGCAAGCAAGAAGGACAAAUGGAAACUGAGCAGCAGAAUAAAGAUGAAGGAAAGAAGCCAGAAGUUAAGAAAGUGGAGAAGAAGCGAGAAACAUCAAUGGAUUCUCGACUUCAAAGGAUACAUGCUGAAAUUAAAAAUUCUCUCAAAAUUGAUAAUCUUGAUGUCAACAGAUGUAUUGAAGCCUUGGAUGAACUGGCUUCACUUCAGGUCACAAUGCAACAAGCUCAAAAACACACAGAGAUGAUUACAACACUGAAAAAAAUAGGGCGAUUCAAAGUUAGUCAGGUUAUCAUGGAAAAGUCUACAAUGUUGUAUAACAAGUUUAAGAACAUGUUUUUGGUUGGUGAAGGAGAUUCUGUGAUCACACAAGUGCUGAACAAAUCUCUUGCCGAACAAAGACAACAUGAGGAAGCAAAUAAAACCAAAGAUCAAGGGAAGAAAGGGCCAAACAAAAAGCUAGAAAAGGAACAAACAGGUUCAAAGACUCUAAAUGGAGGAUCGGAUGCUCAAGACAGUAAUCAACCACAACACAAUGGAGACAGCAAUGAAGAAAGCAAAGACAACCACGAGGCCAGCAGUAAGAAAAAGCCAUCCAGUGAAGAGAGAGAGACUGAAAUAUCUCUGAAGGAUUCUACACUAGAUAACUAGGUUGACAUACCUGGAAUAUAAAGAACAUUUGAGAAGUUUGUAAUGGUUUUCAUUUGAAAUAUUUAGACUGCUGAAGUUUUAAAUUUUUAUAAACAUAGGUUUUGAUGUUUAAAACUUGUUUUGAGGGACAAAUCUCCUGAUCUUUGUUUAAAAGUGACUAAACAUUGCUAAUUGUACUUGUGCAGUAUUAACAGCUACAUUAUAUGGUAAAUGUGAGGGGAGGUUCACUUAGGGAAUGUUCAACUGCUUUUCCAGACAUCGGUUGUAGCAUAUUUUCAGUUAGUAUGUGUAUGUUAAUGUGUAAUUGAUAGUAGAAAAAAGUUACAUUUUUAAAACUGCUACUUGUAUAAAACUUUUCCUCUUUUCCCAGAUACUGUGGGUUUUGUGCAUAGUUUUUACAAAAAUUGGAUUUACCAGACUGUCUUUUCACUGUUGUGGGUUUUGUAGAAGUUAAGCAUUUUUAUGGUUGAUAAAAUGUUACUUCUAUACAAGUACUCACUCCUUCCUUUCUCUAAUCAAAAGUUGACUUUAAUCUCAAUCUACCUUGUGCUACAUGAUCCUGCUGCUUUGUAGUAAUGUGCAGUCUGUAUGCCUUUUUGUAUGACGACUAGAUACCCAACUGACAUUGAACUGACAAUUCUACGAGGUGCAAAACUCAUGUUAACUUCUGAAGGUAAUUUAGUUUUGUGGCUGAGAAUUCAGUGAAAGUCACAUGAGUUU